CUUGCAACAUUCCAAGUGAAAAAUUAGAAGUUGAGAAACUAUCGUUGAAAUGAUUAUCUGGAGGAAAAUUACGAAACAAAAUACGGGUGGGCUUGAUAAUAAGCCCGAAUUUCUGGUGGCCUAUUCGAACCGCGAACCCGGCCCGUUUCCACAUCCCAUAAAUCAAUUUUGUUUAAAACCUGAUAAUUUCUCGAGGAUCAAGGCGAGUGCUAUCAAUUUAGUCUUCCCGUGGAAUCCGGCUACCGGAUUUUGAAGAGCUAAAGCGAAGCGCCUCAUAUAAAUUUGAAACGCCAGCAGCUGAAGUCGGAGACUGCCGACUCGCUACUCUUCGCCAUCUCAUAGGAAGGGAAAACAGGAAAUGGAUGAAGAAGAAUUUCGACGCCUUCUUGAUCUCUUCCCUGUUGUCCGACCUCGCGAUUACCAUAUUGACUUCGACCUAUCUAGGCAAUCCACUUCUCGGUCGCUGCAGGAUGAGGCGGCAAAGAAUUGGCUAGACUCAUGGGAGGAGCAGGAGGGGGAUGAAAAGGAAACAAGUAAUCAAGCUAUUGAUUUACAUGAUGCAUUCUGGGAGAAGCUGAAGUUGGCAGCUGAGAGGAAGGUGAGUGCAGCAGAGGCUAAGAGAUUUUGCAACGCUUUUCAACAAGUUCACAGGCGACUAGUAUAUGAAGAGCUGAGUUUGGAUGCUGCCCGUAUCUUCAUAAAUUCAAAAAGUUCUGGAAAACAGUUUUCUUCCUAGCUGUAUUAUUCACUUUUUCUCAAAUUGAUUAUGCAGUUGCCAACUAUUUUGUUCUGAAGGAAAAAUAACAUUGUGAUCUAGUUUGAAAUGA